GCAGGGACUCUACUCAGUCUCCUAAGUUGCUUACCCACAAGAGGACCUAUAGCGACGAGGCCAGCCAGCUGCGUGCCGGCCCUCCCAGGGCCCUCCUCGACCUCCAGGGCCACCUAGAUGCUGCCUCCCGACAACGAGGAGCCCCAGGGACCCCCACGGCACCGCAGCUCCAUCUCGGGCCCAUUCCCCGCCUCGAGUUCCCUGCACAGUGUCUCUUCCCGGCCCUCGGAGGAGAGGCCGCGGCCCGCAGAUGAGUCCUGGGGCAGAGGCAGCCGAGGCACCAGCAGUUCGGAAGUGGUGCCUGGACAGGAGGAGCUGAGCACCCAGGCCAAAGUGCUGGCCAGCCGCUCGGCAGAGCAGGAGGGAGCUCGGCUUUCCGAGGGGAGCCAGUCCAGGUCGCCACACCCAUGGUGGCCUCCUCGGAGGCUGUGGCAGAGAAGGAGGGAGCCCGGAAGGAGGAGCGGAAGCCCCUUAUGGGACUCUUCCACCAUCACCACCAGGGCCUGAGUCGGAGCGAGUUGGGGCGCAGAAGCUCUCUGGGGGGUGUCGCCCCAGGAGUCUCCCCCCACCACUCAUCCAGCGGGGAAGAAAAGGCCAAAAGUAGCUGGUUUGGCUUGAGAGAAGCCAAGGAACAAGGUCAGAAACCCAGUGCCUCGAGGGCCAGCCCCACCCCCCUGGCCUCCCCUGAGAAAGCCCCGCCUGAGUGGGACGACACCUUCAACGUCUUUGCUGCCAGCAGGCUGCGUCCAGAGGCCAGGAGUGAGACCCUGGCCCCUGCAGGAGUGGGGCUGGAGGCGGCGGGGCUGCAAGACCCAGGGGCCGUGACAGUGAAGGCAGCCGAACCCCCUGGAGACCCCGGGGGAGGAGGAGGAGGAAGAAGAGGUGGGAGCAGCGUGUGGCUGGAGCCCAGGGUUCCUCUGGACUUGGGACUGCACCACCCGAGCACGAGCACGAGCGCACCUGACCUGGGGCCCCUCCAGUCCGUAGGGGGCAGCCCAGCCUCCGCGUCAGCCCAGCAGUACCUUAGAGCCUCUGCCUCAGAGCCAGAGAGGGAGCUGCUGCCUGCCCAAGAAGGUGAAGCGAGGCAGAGUCCAGUGGACAGUGGGACGUCUCUGUUCAGCUCCCCGGAAGUGAUCAGUGUGUGGGAGAGGCUGCCCGGCCCAGACGACACCCCUGAGGGCCAGGAGGAAGAGGCCACCCAGAGUGAAAGCCAGCUGUUCCAGGAGCUGAAUACUGUUGACGAUUCCUGGCCUUGGGAUGUGGUCACCCUCUCUCCUGCAGCGGAGAUGGCCUCAACUGUCCUGCCGGGAGGGUCUGAUGAGCUGCCUCCUUCCCGGGUGCAGCCAGAAUCACCAGAAACUCUGAGCCCCAAAGGGAGCCAUGGGCUGCCCCAACUAGACCGGGAGCCAGAGCCCAAACCUGAGCAGGUGUCAGACGGUGCGCCGCAACCCAGCACACCGCCUCCCAAGCCGCCACGCCUCUUCACGCCCGCACAUUCACAGGAAAAGGACGAGGAAGAGGAAGAGAAGGCUGCAGAGAAGCCAAGUCAUGGGGAGGCAGGGACAAGAGGAGGUGCUUCCCCGCAUGCACUGGUUGCUGGUCCCCAGGAGACCAGGGAGGAAGGGGAGAAGCCAGAGUCGGAGGAGUCUGACAGCCGUUCUUCUGGAACCCUAUUGGGUGAGCCAGGCCUGGAAGACCUGGUAGAGGAUGCCAACCCCCCUGUGUCUGGGCCCUGCCUGACUGCGCCCACCAGCUGCCCUGAGGGUCCUGCUCCCCCGCCCUGUUAUUCAAAGAGUUUGGCUCCUCAGAGUCAGCAGACCCUGGAGGCUCUUGAGAGAGGAGGAGGCCCUGAGACUCCUGAGGCCCAGAGCCAGGGACUGGUGGGAGGGGGUCGUGGGCCUCUGCCAGCCACCUUCCAGCAGGCUGAUUUGUGGGCCUCCAAGGAGGAUGUCUUGAACCCCUUCUUACCUCAGGGGAGCCGAGAUCCCCCCAGCCUCCCAUCUACAUCACCGCCAGGAUCCAGGGACUCUUCCAUUCACUCUAGUCCAGAGGAGCUGCCCACACCCCCAGAGCCUACCUUCCCACCACCCCCUCUCCCACCCUGGGCCAGCCACCACCAUGGGGAGCCCAGCUCUCCGUGCUCCCCCCUGCCUGGAGCCUGGCCCCUGCCCUCUUCCUCCCCACCCUUUGGGGAGCCAGCCUCACCCCUUGGGGGCUCCCCUGCCCCACGAGGGGAGGACCGCACUGCAACCACCCCAGCCUCCCCGCUUGUGCUUCUGCCCUUGGAGACACGACCAGCUGAGGAGCCACAGUCCAGUGCCAGUCCCCACCCCGUGAAGCCCCUCAGUGCUGCCCCUGCGGAGGGCAGCCCCGACAGGAAGCAGCCCCGCUCCAGUCUGAGCACAGCCCUGAGCAGUGGGCUGGAAAAGCUCAAGACGGUCACAUCUGGCAGCGUUCAGCCUGUGGCUCCCGCACCCCAGGUCGGCCAGACCUCAGAUGCCAAGAGACUGAAGGACUCAGCUGUGCUGGACCAGUCUGCCAAGUACUACCACCUGACCCACGACGAGCUCAUCGGCCUGCUCCUGCAGCGGGAGCGCGAGCUGAGCCAGCGGGACGAGCACGUGCAGGAGCUGGAGAGCUACAUCGACCGGCUACUGGUGCGGAUCAUGGAGACCUCGCCUACUCUGCUGCAGAUCCCCCCCGACGCCCCCAAGUAGCCCUCCUCACCCACACCCUGGGAGGGUUGGCACAGACCUGCUGCCCAGUCUGGGCUGGGCCUGUGCUGCCCACCUGCCUGCCCUCCUGCUGAACUUGCUCCCCGGGCAGGGCGCAGUCUGUUCUCCUUGGUCACUCCUUGCUCCACAUUCCCUCCUGCCUCUACUGGGGCUGCUGGAAGGGGGGCCCUUUGGACUCCCAUUGGAAGCAUCAGGUUCCGUGUGUCUUUGGGAGCCCUGGGUCUUUCCCACCUGCCUGUUUUCAUGCCCCUUAGCCUUGGGGGUCCAGGGGUUGGAACAGGAACUUAGCUCUAAGAAGUGGCCAGGUGAGAUGCGGCGGAAGUGGUAUCUGGGAAGAGACGAGUGGCUAGCACACACAUUAUUAUCCCCAGGGAUGGUCAGCCAUUUCCCCAACAGUCAACACCUCCUCUCAACUCCCCGCAGCCCCUGGAGGGGCUUCUAGUAUUACUGGGACAGAGACCCAGCUGCCACGUGUCUGUGAGUCAUGGACAACCAGGUGCCUACUCUCAGCCUCUCACCCAUUCUGAGAGCAAGGAGCCUGUGCAGCCUGGUCUCGUCCCUGCCAUGCCUUGGGUCUGUUUUGUCUUGAGCUGUUUGCAGAGUGUGGUGUGGACAGAGGUGGAUGUGUGUGCAGGUUGCUGCCUGCUCCCUUCUCCUGACCUUUCCUCUGCGUGUCACUGUGAGAGUGUGUAGGGUCAAGGUGUGUGUGUCGGGGAGCUCCUCACUCAUCCAAUUCUCACCUGCCUCCAGUGAGUGGGUCCCUUCAGGUCAGGCCUUGGGCUGCUGCUGUUUUGGGGAUCAAACCUCCAUGUCUGUUCUUGUUGCCUGUCCAGAUGACAAAACUCUGUGCUGCUACAGGGUUCGGACUUUUGGGAAACCAAUUAAAAUGUGCCUUUUGUGGGCGGGAUCAAGAGCCUCUGGAUGUGGACCUCUCCCCCUGGGUGGCACCCCCUCCCCCUGCUGAGCACUGCAGGGAUGACUCUGUCAGCGCCCUGGGAGUGGGAGUGGAGGGGGCAGCCCUGCUGUGUGUUGUUCCCUCCCUCUUAGUUAAUCUCAGCGAGGGGCCUGGCCAAGCUGCUGCAGCUCCCUCAGCCUUCCUGCUGUCUUUCCCUCCUCCCUUAACCUCAGUGGAGGAUCCUAGGAUUACAGCUCCCUAUGGCCAGCUAGGCUCGGGUCUGCCCUGCUCACUGUCGUUCUGUCCGGCCUCAGGACUCAGCUGUGCUGGACCAUGGACUGGUUUGGAGGUGGGAGGUGCCACUAUGCCUUUGGGAGACACCCAUACUUAGGAGAAAGCCUUCAUUGCCCUCCUGUCCACCCACGAAGCUGCUCUCCCUGCUGUCUCUUGCACCCCCUGGCCUCGCCUGGCUGUCAUGCACCUUGGAAUGAAGUGUCUGUUCUUUGUCCCAGCCUCUGGUUUGCUUGUAGGAGAUAUGGCAGGCUUCUCUAUGGCAUCUGCAGGGAAAUUGUGGUAGCUUGGGGGCACCCUGUGUUAGCCUAAGUUGGGGGGACGAAGAGAUGAUGGAGGAGGAUAUUUGGGGCCCAGUGAGGAGGCAAGAACUCCUCUGAGACCCUCCUUGUGAGAGGGCCCGUGGGCUCACUCAGAAGACUUAAGGCACAGAUGUGCUCUGUGGGUGAUAGCUGUCCGCUGCCAGCAUGGAGCAGAGGAGCCCCACACAUCAGGUAAAGCCCCUGUAAAGUCACCUCCCUUUAGGGCCACUCAUCAAAGCUGAGAAAAGUACCCACAGCUGCCCAGGACUUCAGCAAUGGGGAGGGAACAUCAGGGGUUGGAGAGGUAUCUCUUCUGAAAGCGGGGAUCACUCCCUCCUAGGUUUUCCUCUGGGCUCUGCAGUCCCAGCCCUGGCCCUGACCUUCCACUCACCAUUGAUUAUGGGCCUCCCAAGUGCCCAGGGUAGGGAUGAAUUUAGGAGAGUUGGAACUGAAGCCCAAGUUCUUUGUUGUUUUUGCGCCUAGUCACAAGUUGGACGAUCGCUGCAGGUGGGCUGGGCAGGGAGCAGGCACAGUUCUGCUUUGCCGUUUGUCUUCCUGGUUGUAACUCCUGUUUAUAAAGAGCUUGUUCUUCAUGUUUUGAGCACUUUAUGAAGAAUAAAAGUUCACAUACUGCAGGUGGC